AUGGGAAGUCUUCUGUGCAACGAGGUGUGGUUUAUGAGCCCUGCACCAGUCACUGUGCAUGAUAAAGUACGUGCCAAUGAUAAGUACCAUAAUGUAAGAAGGAGCAAUUAUACAACUAGUUGUUUAUACUCAACCAAAGAAGAUUUUGAGAAUGCUAUUGGGAUUUUUCUGGAUAAGGAAGCCAGUUACGUGCCAAAACCGGGAUAUGCGAGUCAUAUUAAGUCUGAUAACUCGAUUGAUCAAGCUAGGUUUAAGGGGGUUUGCUGGCUUAUUGAGUUACAUGGACCGAUUUAUUUCAAUAAUUCAUUGCCAAGUAAGGGAUGCUUCUACCUUUUUUUUCUUUUUCUUUUUUUUUCCCCGACUCCAUAUUCUUACAUAGAAUUGUUGAUACGCACCAUCGAUACCUUAAACAAAACCCUCGUAGAUAAUCUAACUGCACGCGUCACUCAACUGCUUCUUAAUACCCUUUUAGAUUCUAAAUUCUUGGAGUUUCGGCCGUGUGUUAUUGCCAUGUCUGCAAUAAAAUGCAUUCUUGAAAAUGAUCUGGUUCCAUCAACGUAUAAUACAUCCACAGAACAUUUUGACGCAUUUAUUUCCCAAGAUCGAAGGAAAGAAGUGAUAAAAUGCCAAAGCUGGAUGGAAAAAGAAAUAAUGACGAAUUACAGCAAUAAAUUAGAGUCCCAAAAUGCAAAUUACAGUACCCCUGCAAGUCCAAUAACCGUGCUAAAGUUGGAGUGGGAAAAAUUCCAUGCCUGUCAACUUGAUCUCUUUCUCUUUAAGAAGUCAAGGAUAAACAUCAAUUUCAGAUCAAGCAAUAAGAGGAAGAGAGAAGAACAAGAAUGUGCACUCUGAAAUUAAUUUUAAUUGUGUUGUUAUAAGGUCAAGUGCAUUUCAAUGUAGAAUUUGGUACGACUGCAAGUUUCUAGUGCCAAUAUAACUUACGACACUCCUCUCCCAUAACUAAAGUUUUUUAUGAAAUUUCAUGCAUUA